GCCCAGUCUCGCUGCCUGACGUGCGUCGAUUAUAGCGGAGAGUUAUGAGAGGCGGAAGGAGGAGCGCGCGAGGCAAGAAUAAUGGAAAUAAUGGAAAAUAGUAAUUGUGUGCGCUUAACUGAUGAGGAAGACACAGUUCCUCUUGUGGAAAUGGAAACUGUGACAGAGAAACAAAGUGAGGAAGGUGUGGGAGAAGGUAACAAUGCAGAGAAUACCUCAGAUACUUCCAACAUGUACAGGUAUAUUAAAGAUGGCUUGUUUACUUCAGAGAUUUAUAAAGUAGAAAUUCAGAACCUUCCCAAGUAUAUUGGUUUCAACGAAGUGAAGAAAUUCCUUGCCAAAUAUGGCCUUAACCCUCACAAGAUUAAGCUGCUGGAGAAACAGACCUUUGCAUUUGUCACCUUUAAGAGUGAGGAGGAAAGGGACAAAGCUAUGAAGGUCCUUCACGGAGUCCGCUGGAAGAAGCAAAACCUCAGUGUCAGGCUUGCAAAGCCGAAGGCUGAUCCCAUCGUCAAAAAGAGGAAAGGGGAAGGGGAGGAGGCAAAAGAGCAGGCGGCGGCGGCAGCCAAGUGCCCGGCAUUAUCAAAAGACAGCAAGGAAGAUCCUCUCAGUAAGCAGAUAGCAGAUGUGGUAACCCCUUUGUGGAAUACCUCGUACGAAGAACAGCUGGCAAAGAAGAAGCAAGAAUGUGAGCAUGUGCUGUUCAAACUCACAAGGGAAAUAGGAAACAACAACAGAGCUUUGCUACCAUGGCUAUUCAUGCAGAAGGAGAAGUACAGUGGUUUGUGUUGCUCCCUGGAGGGGGUGAAGGCAUCACCUAUACAGACUGAGUAUCGCAACAAAUGUGAAUUUUUGAUUGGCAUCGGCCCAAAUCAAGAAGAUAAAACUGUGGGUUUUCGCCUUGGCAAAUAUAAAGGAGGGACGUGUGCUGUAGUGGAACCUUUUGAUACCAUUCACAUUCCGGCUGUUACGAAAAAAGUAGUGAAGGCCUUUCAAGAUUACAUAAGGUCUACACCGUAUACUGUCUACAGUCCAGAAACAUACGAAGGGCACUGGAAACAACUAACAGUGCGCACCAGUAGGAGUGGCCACAUCAUGGCAAUCGCUUAUUUUAAUCCACAGAAGUUAAAUAAAGAAGAGCUUAAUGAACUCCAGGCCUCUUUGGCCAAGUACUUCACAGAAGGCAUUGGAAAGGACUGUGGAAUAACUUCUCUGUAUUUUGUGGAAGAAGGUCAAAGAAAAUCACCCAAUCGUGAAGAUUUAACCUUGGAGCAUGUUGCUGGUGACAAGUACAUAUACGAAGAUGUUCUUGGGCUAAAGUUCCGGAUUUCUCCUCAUGCCUUUUUCCAGGUAAACACACAGGCUGCUGAGGUUCUCUAUUCAGCCAUUCAGGAAUGGGUUCAGGUGAACCAAGAGACCACGGUGCUGGAUAUUUGCUGUGGAACUGGAUCAAUUGGCAUUUCACUUGCCAAGAAAGUGAAGAAAGUGAUUGGAAUUGAACUUUGUCAAGAAGCUGUUGAAGAUGCCAAAGUGAAUGCUCAACUUAAUGAGCUGAAUAAUGUGGAAUUCCACUGUGGAAAGGCUGAAGAUCUUGUUCCUUACUUAGUUAACGUAUUAGUAAUGCAAAAUUCUAUUACAAUAGUGGAUCCUCCACGAGCAGGGCUACAUUCUAAAGUAAUCCUUGCAAUCCGAAAAGCUGAACACUUAAAGAAGCUCAUUUACGUAUCCUGCAAUCCUCGAGCUGCCAUGAACAACUUUGUGGACCUUUGCAGAGCUCCCUCUAAUCGUGUCAAAGGAAGUCCUUUCCGGCCAGUUAGAGCAAUGGCAGUGGACCUCUUCCCUCACACUAUGCACUAUGAACUGCUGUUCUUCUUUGAAAGAAUAGAGCACUCAAGUGAGAAACCAGACAAAGCCUUCCCAGGCUCAACUGAAGCUCCAGCUAUGAAAUUGGAAGCAGCAGGCUCUGUGGAAAAGGACAUUACAGACUUGGCGAAAGAGAGCAGCUAAAGAAUGUUCCAGUGAUGGUUACAGGCUAACCAUUUCAUAUAGUUAAUUUUAAAGCUCCUGCUUUCUUCAAGAAAAUCUGUAGUCAACUACUUUCUUUGGAUUUCAAAAUGGCAGCUAUACCUAAUUGAGAGGUACAUAAUAAAAGGCCAAGGAGCUUGAAA